AUGGGAAACAAUUUAAUACGGGGAAUGUUUCCGGAUUGUUUAAUUUUAAUUUUAAUUUUUUUUUUUUUUUUUUUUUUCUUUUGGAAUAAUUUUAUCGUUUUGUUACACAAACAAAAACAAAACGGUGUUUUUAUCCGAAAAGCGGUGCUUCGGACUUUAGGUCAAACUGCGUUUUUAAAAAUAAAAAAAAAAAAACUCUCCAAGCAAAUUCACGUUUCUUUUUUUUUUCUUUUUCUUUUUUCUUUUUUCUUUUUUCUUUUUUCUUUUUUCUUUUUCCUUUUUUCUUUUUCCUUUUUUCUUUUUUUAACCGAUGAAAAAAAAAAUAAAAAUUUUCUUUAUAUGUUUAACCUAUUUUAUAAGUCCAAUCAAUCUUUCCAGCUAUUAUUAAAAAAGUUUUAUCAUCAAUUUAUAAGUACUUUCUUCGCUACAUUGUUACACUUCCAUUUUCAUACCAAUCAUCAAUUAGUAUUACAUAUCUCAAAGGUUCAAAAAUUAAUACAGUCCUUUCUACUCUAA